CUGGAAGAGGAAGGUUAGGAAGACAGUUGAAGCGGAGGAAUGGAAAUGAGCAGAUUGGCAGUCGUAAUGACUGCUGUAAUCACCAGUCAACCUGCCUGGUCUCCUGUUUUUGCGAUAGACGACAAGUGUAACACAGAAUAUGAAACCACUUGUGUCAGAAAAGUAAGCUGCUCCUUUCAUGACAAGAUCGUCGAAGAGAGGAGAGAAUUUAGGAUCGAGUACAAAAAUCCUGGUCAAAAGGAAGAAGUCAUCGCAUUGUGUGAGUGGCCCAACGGGCAAUUUUCUUGUGACCCAGCCAAGGGUUACAAGUGUGACGAGCAGCCGAGCAACAACUUUUCUGUCCUCAUAGACACUGCAGAAAAAUGUCUGACUGAUGGAGAAAUUCUGUUUGAUGUGGCUCACGAACAAAUCAUCAGAUGUAAUCUGUCAAAUGGAGUUGGCAAUGGCAACCCAAAAAUUGAAAAUGACACAAUACCAGAGAGCACAAACAAGCCUCAGAGUGAACAAGAGGGAAAUGGUGUGACUGUUGGUGUCAGCUCUGCCUUUGGCAUCGUCUUCCUCCUUGUACUUGUCAUUCUUGCAGUUUUCCUUUUGAGGAGACGACACCAAAGAAGAACAGAGCAGAACAAACCUGACAUUGAACAAGGUGAUCAACUCAAUGAAAACAAAGUGUUUCUUAACCCAGAGAUGGACAAAGAAAUCUCUGGGGAAUGAAGACGCUCUGGAUGCUUUGAAAAUUUACUCCAGCUCUGGAAGAGCAAGUAUUUUGCAAACAUUGAGGGCCAUGUGUAUAUUUGCUGGAAGUCUGGCUUCUUCACAACAAACAGCAAUUUCCUGUUACAGAAAAUCAAAGUGCUUUUAUUUGAAGAAACAGAAAAGAUAGUUUCUAAGAAUUUGGAAAUAGUUUUAAGUCACAGAAACAACAGUAGUUUUAAGUCGAAUAAACAACGUUUUUUCGUCACAGAAAACAAGAGUUUUGGUAAGGAAUUCAAGGAGUAUUGCGACAUUGAACAAAGCACUAAGAGGAUUCCUGUCGUCUGUUCUAGCUUUUUACACAUGAGUAGACAGAAAGAAAUGCUCAGGCUCUACAUGAGGUGUCUUUAGUGUGCUUGAAAUGGAUAAGGAUCAAAUAUUCCACCAGCGUCUAUCAUGUGUAAAUAAAUUAGUAAUUUUCUCUUUGUGAAGUUAUUGAGAAUACAUGUCCAAGGAAGUCCGAGGGUGCUACGGUGAAGCCCCAGUGUUUGUUAGAUGAAAGGAUUGUUUCACUGUAACAAGGUGAUCUAGUCAACAAAGACAUGUGGAUGAGGUCGUCUGACAAAGUUUACGACCAAACAUUGCAGUCUGCUCAGUCAAGUGAGACAAAAAGGCAACACCAACAUGUUAGAGUAAAACAGUAUUGGGAGGACAAGUGCAGACAUUCAGUAAACAUUGACGGUAUAACAGUGUGAAUCUGUGGGGUUUUUUUUUCUCUCUCUCUCUUUCUCUCUCUCUCUCUCUCUCUCUCUCUCUCUCUCUCUCUCUCUCUUUAUACGUACAUAAUGUAUAUACAGAGGUUUUUUUGAGAACGUUUGGGAAAUAAAGAGAGAGACCUUACUUUUCUCAGAGCCAGUUGCUUCCCCUCUCUGUGUGUACUUAUUUCUCGCUUUCAAACUGGCAAACAACCCCAGUGUGACCUGUGUUCAAUCUUUCUAAGACAUAUUGUUUUCAUUUAAGCAAAUGGCGACUAUUAAAAAUGGUUUAAAAUGAUUCCUUUGAAAACGAACAUUUUGUUGUUGUUGCUGCAGCUGUUGUUGUUGUUGUUGUUGUUGUUGUUGCUGCUGCUGCUGCUGCUGCUGCUGUUAUUGUUCUAAUUCUUUAUGCAAUAAACUGAAACCUUUAUUACCAUUAAAAGUUUUAUUUCCUUUAUGUUUGUUUAUAAUAAAAUUAGUCUUGCCAAGUAAUUAUAGUGACUCCUUCUAACGCUGAGAGGAGAGACGAAAGA